AUUAUCUGAUGCCUUGUAAGUAAUCACCAUUUUCUGCUAUAGAAAAAGCCCAUCCAAGAAAAGCUGAACUAUCUAUCCUACCAUCAAAAAGAAGCAUACUAUCUAUCCUGGUUGGUUAAAAAAGCGAUCCUGAUGAAAAGAGUAGAAACCACAUGUGUAGGUCCUACGCAUCGGUACCUCUAGACCUCUAAAGGAACUGAAGCCAUGAAAAGGAUUUGAUUUUGUCCAGGGAAGUUGGAGGGAGGGAUAGAGAGAGACACACACAGACAGACAGAGAGAGGAAGCAUCAGGCCAAAAAGCAUCUUGGUAUCUUCAUGUCCUCUCUAAGAGCUGUCCGGGAUAUUAUGUUCACAUGCUUAGAUGGCUUAUGUCGAUGACCUGUCAUUGCUUGCUUGUUCAUGCGCGGGUUCCAGCUUUCUUUGGUUAUUUAAGGGGAUUUUGGAUGGAGGAGAGAAGGGUUGGUGGGGGUGAAGAUGCUCGAUAAGCAGCAGAAACGGCGCUUGCAGGAAUGGGAACAAAACUACAUGGCACUGUCUUCACCAGCUUGCUUAAGAACAGCCGUCUUCUAGUGACUACUGAUCCGAACACUCCAGAUACUUGGGACAGACUAAAUAAUAUAUUGCUCAAGGCAGGCACCCAGACUACUUUCAAUUAUAUUCAAGAGUUGUCCAUGGAUAGAUUGCAAAACAACAGAGAAUCCAUCAGGCAUACGAUGCUGAGGCAAGAAGAAAUAUUCAGACAGCAGGUGCAAGAUCUCCAUCAGCUAUACAGAGUUCAGAAGAUGCUUAUGGCUGAGAUGAGAGGUAAAGAGGAGAAGCUCCAAUCUCCCACAAUUGCCUCUUCCAGAGGCUUUGCAGAUACGAGGACCAGAUUUCGCGGCAGUACAUCUAGCUCAGAGACCAGUCAUUCUUCUCAUGUCAAUAGCACACAUCACCUCACUGCACAUCUAAACUCAGAGUACAGUUCUCUACGUCACUACAACACAAGGGCAGGCUCAAGCUCGCGAGAGCUAAGGAUCUGCUCAGAAGACCCUUUAAGAGCGCAGAAGGGCUUCGAUCUUGGACAGCCUGCUGAAAACUGCGCCUUCACAGAAGUUAGACAUACCCAAGAUCAGACCACCAACUUGGCUAAGCAUCUCAAAGAAAAAAUUAAGACAGAAGGCUCGGAUUUGUGGACUGAGGACGAGAGUGAAGUUGGGCUGACACUCAGCAUAGGAUGUGGCACGGAUAAGAAGAGAUCAAAACAUUGGCUUAGCUUGAAUAAUGAAAUAAGCUGCUCUAAAUCAACUCCAAGUGAUACCAGGCCACUGCUUUUGUCGUCUACAACCUCCAGGCCAGAGAGAGAAGAGGAAUGCAGCGACAACUCCACCGGAUUCGACAGAGAAAGCUUGCAGAGGCCCCCCUGGCUUUUCCAAGCUUUCAAUUUGAAUGAGACGUAACUUCGAAACUUGUACCCAUCUUUUGGGCUUAGGCAAUUGCUGUUCGAUGGAGUUUCAGCUUCGGUGUAUCAGCACUCAUUCGAGUGCAGGUGACAGCUCGCAUGCAGGAACAUGCUUCCUGAAAUCUACAGAGUCUUCUCGACACUGCUUCUCAUACUCUUCUGGCUAUUGCUUUCGAGCUUCAAUUCUUUCAUUGGAUCAGUUUUUAUGGGUUUCAAGAUUGAUUUUAGUCAGUGGAAGAACGUAGCUGAUUUGGCAAAAUACUAAACAAACUCCAAGUCUUAAUGCAGUUAGGAGUAAAUUAGCUUCUCUUUCAAAGUUUUUUACAAGGGGUUCUCAUCUUCAGCAGCACAUUAUGAGAAUAAAUUUUACUGAGUCAUGAUGACACAUGGAAAGCCAUGAUCAAUAAUAACAAGGUGAUUUCUGUUGUCUGUAAACACUGACUCGAAACUUCUUUAUACGUAAAUGCAAGCUAACAUCUUUCUUCUGCAUGGAUAUGAUACUUUCUCA